GCUCUGAUGAUCUGGAAGGGGUUAAUGGUGGUGACUGGCAGUGAAUCGCCUAUUGUGGUGGUUCUCAGUGGCAGUAUGGAGCCGGCUUUCCAUCGAGGAGAUUUGCUGUUUCUCACUAAUUAUAAGGAGGAACCAGUACGUGUAGGAGAAAUUGUUGUGUUCAAAGUAGAGGGGAGAGAUAUACCCAUUGUGCAUCGAGUCAUUAAACUGCAUGAGAAGGAAGAUGGUUCAGUGAAAUUCCUGACCAAAGGUGACAACAACAACGUCGAUGAUCGAGGUCUUUAUGCUCCUGGCCAAUUAUGGCUAACGAAAAAGGACAUUGUCGGGCGUGCUAGAGGGUUCCUUCCAUAUGUUGGAAUAAUAACGAUAUUUAUGAAUGAGUAUCCUAAAGUUAAGUGGGCAAUAUUAUCGAUCUUAGCAAUAUUUGUAUUGUUACAUCGCGAAUAAUAUCCAGCCACGGGUCAAACAAAUAGCUAUAAGCAAAAGGGUACAUUACCAGAAAUCCAAAAUAUAAAUUCGAAAAGCGUAAAUAGCCACUGCAAUCGCAAACAUAACAUCAACAGCAACAACAACAACAAUAAUACAAGAAACAGUAAUCGCAGGAGGAUAUUCAGAAUAAACAAGUAAUAUAAAUACUAAACGCGGAAGUAUGACUGGUAAAAACUAAAGUCUUACCAAAAUAAUGAAAUGCUUUAUGUGUAUCUAUUUUUCAUCGAAAACUAAAAAGUAAAAACAUUUAGAUUCAAUGCAUCCUAAUUUAAGCCAUUUCAUUUUACGUGCAACGAAAUAUUUAAAAACAAAAUGUUCGGUUUGGAUAAAUCUGGUUUGCGAACCUUGUAACAAAAACAAAGCCCGGAUAUAUAAAGCAUUUUUAACUUAUUAUCUUAAGCAAAUUAAAUAAACUGUAUAAGUAAUUAAAUAGUUUCGGGUGUAUUUGCUAUAAAUUCAUGCAAUUCAUUGGCGAAAAAGAGAUGCAAGUAGAA